CUCUUUCUCUCUUUGUUAUAGAAUCUUUCUCUUCCUAUCUGUGUCUAUUUCUGGUAGCUUAAAAAAUAAUAAUUAACAUGAGCAAAGUGACCGCUUUCAUAUAUUAAUAUUAUUCUUGAUUAUGUUUAAGCUCUUUUCUCUAGCUUUGCCAUUGAGGUGUGUAUAAUUUGUUUGAACUCAACUGUUAUUGAAAAUUUUAAUCUUCGUGGGUGAAAAAAUUAUUGCAAAAUCUUCACAGGUAGUGCUGUUUUGGGUUCAGUUUUGUAGGACCAAGUGUUUCUGUUUUUUGGGUCAGAGAAAGCUCAGAUCUUUAUUACUCUUCUGAAAUUUUUUCUUUCUUUUUUGGAGCUCCAAAACAAGAGCCAAUAAAGUAAGCACUUUGUGUAUGAAGGUUUUUCUGCUUCCCAACUCCAGUUUUUGUUGGUUUUGCUUAACAAAAUUUCAAGCUUUUAUGCCUAUCUUUGAGAUUAUUGGAACUAAGAUGUUAUUUCUUUUUUUCUCAUCAAAGUGAGCAAUUCGAGUCUGAACACAACAGGAAAAACAUUGAUUACUACUACUUCACUUGUUGUGUUAAUUAUUAAGUAUUAAGUUCUUUGCUCAUCUGAUAAUGAUCAGUUUCUUUUCAAGCUUCACAACUACCAGAAGAGGAACACUCUUCUCCUCUCCGGAUUACUAUGAGCUUUAGCUCCUUAGUGGAGUUCCACUUCUUUUCUUGCAACAGUAAACCAUGUUAGUAACCAGAUAUGUCACUGCUUGAGCAAGAAUUCAUUUGCAGCUGAUUCACUGGUGGGUUUUGUAUCAGUUUGAACUUAAGUUUUUUGUGUUAAAAUGGCUACUGGGGUUCCAGAGAAUAUGAAGAAACAGCUUGCCCUUGCCGUGAGAAGUGUUCAGUGGAGCUAUGCAAUCUUCUGGUCCAUUUCAGCUUCACAACCUGGGGUCUUGGAAUGGGGUGAUGGCUACUACAAUGGAGAUAUUAAGACCAGAAAAACAAUUCAAGCAGUGGAACUCAAUGCUGAUCAAGUGGGUCUGCAAAGGACUGAGCAAUUGAGAGAAUUAUAUCAAUCCCUCUCCGCCGGGGAGAGCAGUCCACAAGGUAGAAGACCAUCGGCAGCAUUAUCCCCUGAAGAUCUCUCUGAUACCGAAUGGUAUUUUCUGGUUUGCAUGUCAUUUGUAUUCAACAUUGGUGAAGGGUUGCCAGGAAGGGCAUUGGCUAAUGGUCAACCUAUUUGGCUAUGCAAUGCUCAUUAUGCAGAUAGCAAAGUAUUCAGUCGUUCUCUGCUCGCAAAGAGUGCAUCUAUUCAGACAGUUGUAUGCUUUCCAUUUUUGCGAGGCGUGGUUGAACUGGGUGUAACUGACCAGGUUUUGGAAGACCCUGGUCUAAUUCAACACAUUAAAACUUCACUCUUGGAGACUCCAUAUUCUAUGGUUUCCGGUAAGUCCAGCGGUGCUGGGAAUGUGAGAGAUAAUAAAGAUUUUGCUUGUGCUGUAGUCAAUCUGCAGAUGCUUAAGAGCACAAUGGUUCCCGUUGUAGGUUGUGAAGUGUUAGAAACAGCUUCUCCCAGCAGUUCAAACGGCAUUGAGCCCAACCAACCAGCAGAAGGUUCAUUUAUGCUUGAAGGCAUAAAUGGGGUGGCUUCUCAAGUACAAAGCUGGCAGUUCCUAGAUGAUGAAUUCAGUAACUGCAUCCAUCAUUCUGUGAACUCUAGUGACUGUAUAUCUCAAACAUUUGUUGAUCCUGGAAAUGUUGUCUCUGAUCCCAUAGAUGGCAAUCACACUAAACAAACUUCAUCGGAUCCUGGAAGCAAAGAUUUACACUACCAAACUGUUCUAUCGGUCCUUCUAAAGACCUCCCAUCAGUUAAUUUUGGGGCCACAUUAUUACAAUUGCAAUCGUGAAUCCAGUUUUGUAAGUUGGAAGAAGGGUGGAUUGAUGAAUGGUUUGGUACAGAGAGAUGUGAUCCCACAAAAAUUAUUGAAGAAGGUUUUGUUUGAAGUUCCUUGGAUGACUAAUAAUAGAUUAGCUGAAUCACCAGACGAUAAUGGCAUUAAAGACAGUCUUUGGAGACCAGAGGCUGAUGAAUUUGCUUCAAGCCAUGCAUUGUCGGAGAAGUUGCGAAGAGAUAGACUAAAUGAAAGAUUCAUUAUUCUCAAAUCAAUAGUUCCUUCUAUCAGUAAGUUCGACAAAGUAUCCAUACUAGAUGACACAAUAGAAUACCUGCAAGAGCUUGAGAGGAAGGUUGAAGAACUCGAAUCUCACAGAGAGUUACCAGAGUUAAAGGCAAGAACAAAUGUAAAGCGCAAGGAUUCAGUUGAGCGGACAUCAGAUAAUCAUGGCAACAACAAUAUCAGUAAUGGAAAGAAGCCAUUGCUAAAUAAGAGAAAGGCUUGUGACAUAGAUGAAAUGGAACCAGACAUCGACUACAUUGCUCUAAAAGAUAGCUCAACAGAUAAUAUAACAGUCAGUAUCAAUGACAAGAAUGUUAUAAUUGAAAUUAAGUGUCCUUGGAGGGAGGGAGUCUUGCUUGAGAUCAUGGAAGCUUUAAGCAAUCUUCAUUUGGAUUCUCACUCAGUAAAAUCAUCCACCAUUGAAGGCAUUCUUUCACUCACAAUCCAAUCCAAGUAUAAGGGAUCAACUGUCACCCCGAUGGCAAUGAUAAAACAAUCACUUCAAAGAGUUGCAUGGAAAUGUUGAAUCUUGUUUUCUGCUCACAACUGUAGAAUUUGUUUAAUCCUACAAUCGCAGCUUUAGUUGUUUGAUUUUAUAGUGUAACAAGGAAAGGUUCAAUGGACUAUAAUUCCAGGGAAUUUCCUGAGUGUAGAGAAAUUAAACUUAUUCUGCAUGGUGUAAUCUUAUUCAAUAUCAAAGUGUAUACUCUUAUACUCAAAA